CCCCGGACUUGGCUUCCGGUCUCGUGGCAUAGCAAACACCGCCAGGUGGAGGAAAAAAUAAUUGAAAAGGGAAAGCAAGGCAAGACCCAAAGCAAGCAAGCAGGAGAGCACAAAAACGCUUUUUUUUCCAUGCGUAACCUCCUUACCAUCGAGCGCUCCGUCGCUGGCACCACUUCCACCAACGUUCCAGACCUCCCCCUCUCUGCUAUCACUUGGGGUGGAUCUGAGGAUUCACUCAUAUGUACUCAUGGCCCUUCUGAGGCCGAAGCUGCCGUUGAGCUGAAACGUGUUAACAAGAAUGGCCAAUCGGUUCCCAUCGCAUCGUGGGAUGCUUCGCCCUGUCUAUCGCCAUCGUUGGCUUGCGAUCGCAUUCUCGUCCUGCAUUAUUUCCCUGAUACGUUCUCAACCUGCGUAAUAUUUGCUGCAGGUGACAUUGUGGUCGUUCAGGAAGACCCCACCCCUGGAGUUAAUAAAAUAGAAAUCGUUGGAUCUGUUGAUGAAGGUAUAACCGCUGCAGCAUGGUCUCCCGAUGAAGAAAUUCUAGCCAUUGCCACUGGUGCAUCAACCUUGCUUCUUAUGACACGAGCGUUCGAACCCAUCGCCGACGUCAUUCUUUCGCCAAAUGAUCUCAAUGCUUCAAAACAUGUCUCUGUGGGAUGGGGGAAAUCAGAGACUCAGUUUAAAGGGAAACGGGUGAAAGCUAUGAGAGAUCCGACUGUUCCUGAGAAGAUUGACGAAGGUGUUCUCAGCCCCCACGACGAUAACGGUACGAGGAUUAGUUGGAGAGGGGAUGGUGAAUAUCUCGCUUUGUCCUCUGUGGAGGAUUCGAAGAGGAGAAUCAUUCGAGUUUACAGCCGAGAUGGUUCCUUGGAUAGUAUCAGCGAACCCGUUGAUGGUUUGGAAGGGCCUCUGAGUUGGAGACCAGCUGGAAACCUUAUGGUCGGCAUCCAACGCCUCCCUGAGAGACUCGAUGUUGUUUUUUUUGAGCGAAACGGUCUCCGACACGGGGAAUUCACACUAAGAAUACCGCCGGAUAAAAUCUCCAAUGAGAAAAUACUGGAGUUACUCUGGAAUCAUGACUCCUCGCGCAGCUGUGGAGGAUAUCACGUAGCGCAACAUAAUUUGUAUGUGAAAUGGCAUUCUGAAAAGCCUCUGCUGCUUGCGCUCGGACUGGGUGAGAGUAUUAUAAGUUACGAAUUCUCCUGGUCUGUGUUCGCAGGUUCUUCGAGAUCACCAGAUGAUCAUGGUGUCCUAGCAGUCGUAGACGGAACUACCCUCAAGCUUACACCAUUGCGUGUUGCCAACAUUCCGCCACCAAUGGCGCUCACAGAAGUAGAACUCAAGUCUACUCCAGUGGAUGUAGCUAUUAGUCCUACUGGGCGCCUUAUUGCCGUCCUUAGAGAUAAGGCAUUGGAUUUAAUUCGAUGGGAUUUCGCCAGAAACAAACUUGUUUCGGGUCCAAUCCUCACCUCAGACAUCAUGGAGUUUGACACAGGUCAAUGUUUCCGCCAGAUCUCUUUCGCCGAUGAUGAGACGUUAGGAGUGGUCUGUGACAUGAAGGUGGGCAGUGCUUUACAAGUGAUAUCAAUUCCAAACAAUAGACAAGCAAUUUCUAAAUGCACACAUGAAUUUCAAAAUGGUGCCACUGCUGCGCGGUUGGGAGGUGUACCAGACCACAAACAUCUUUUCUAUCAGGAUAGCGAACGGAAAGUUUAUUUCUAUGACACAGAGAACAAGUCUGCGAAAUUUGUUACACAACUCCCGGCUAUUUGCCCCUGGCUAGAGGUAGCCUUCUAUCAAAAAAUGGUCUUCGGCCUCUCUGGCGAUGGCCGACUCUACGUGAAUUCUAAAUCGAUAGCUUCGAAUUGCACAUCAUUUGCAAUCACCCCAGCUCAUUUGGUAUUUACGACAACACGACACUUUGUUAAAUUUGUGCACUUGCACCAUAGUCACCAAGACCUAGAUAUACCAGGAGAUGACCCAAGUAGUGAUGAGCGCUGCCGAAGCAUUGAGAGAGGGGCUCGAUUGGUACAAGUGAUGCCAACUAAAUUUGCAUUAACUUUACAGAUGCCACGAGGGAACUUGGAAACAAUAUACCCUCGCGUUUUGGUGCUGGCGGGAAUUAGAAGGAGCAUUGAAGCCAAGGAUUACCUUACUGCAUUUCUAGCGUGCAGAAGCCAUCGCGUGGAUCUCAAUAUCAUACAUGACCAUGCACCCGGGCAGUUUAUUAGGUUGGUUGAGUUGUUUAUAGAUCAGGUUAACGAAAUUGAAUACAUUGAUUUGUUUUUGUCACAAUUAAGGGAAGAGGAUGUUUCAAAAGCGAUGUACCGAGAGACCUCGCAGUCAGCUGAGGUUUCAGAGACCUUAAAUCAGAUUAGCGCCACUAAUAGUUCCAAAUCGAAAGUAAACACAAUAUGCGAUGCUUUUCUUAAUGUUCUACUACCAAAGCGGCUUUCAAGUCACCUUCAAAACAUCGUCACCGCCUAUGUUUGCAAAACACCGCCGGAUCAUGAUGCGGCGCUACUAUUGAUUGGAUAUCUCCGAGAGAAAAACCCCGAGCUCGCUGAAGAGGCGAUUCAGCAUGUUUGCUUCUUAUCCGAUGUGAAUAAACUCUACGACAAUACUCUAGGGCUCUACGACCUUGAGCUCACACUCAUGGUAGCCCAGCAAUCCCAAAAGGACCCCCGAGAAUAUCUACCAUUCCUACAGAAGCUUCAAGAGAUGGAGGCCAGACGACGCAAAUUCACAAUCGACGAUCACCUCAAUAGGCCUGCAAAGGCCUGUUCUCGUUUGUACGAGCUUGGUGACGAGGUAUUUGAUGAAAUGAAGGAUUAUGUUGUGAAACAUGAACUCUAUUCGGUGGCUCUGGGGUUGUGCAAAUACUGCCCCAAAAAGACAGGUGAUCAUGGGCUUGUAUGCGAUUUUCCUCGAAGGAGUCUCGAGAUAUCCCGACGCCGGAUUAGCGUACGAAUAUCUUGGAGAUUACUCACAGGCGACCCAAUGUUACCGUCGUGCUGGGCUAUGGCAAGAAGCUCUCUUCGCCGCCGCUCAAGCAAUGAGAUUGGCAACAAACACGGAAAAUCAGAGCUUCUAGUCACUGUGGUGGAUGCUGGCUUGUCGGAGGGAUUUGCACAAACUUCUGAAUUGAUAGCGGAAUGCAAGAGACAGCUAAAAGCACAAUUAGAUCGUAUACACGAGCUCCGCACAAAGAAGGAACAGAAUCCUUUGGCCUACUUUGAUGGAGUUACAGAAGAAGACGCUCCAGAUAAUGUCUCUUUAGCUCCAACUAAUGCGUCAACAUCUGCAUCCCUCUUUACAAGGUACACCUCCGGCGGUGCACAAACCGCCAUGACAGGAGCUACUCGCCGUACCUUCAAGAACCGCCGGCGCGAAGAGCGCAAGCGGGCCCGCGGCAAGAAGGGCAGUGUUUACGAGGAAGAGUAUCUCGUUAGCUCAAUCGGCCGUAUGAUUGAAAAGCUUGACUCGGUAAGAGAUGAGACUAAGAAGUUACUAGAGGGCCUUGUCCGUAGGAGGAUGAGGGAGAGGGCCACCGCGUUGCAAACUUUGAUGGAGGAGCUGUUAGCUAGUUUGGAGGGAUGUGUUAGGGAAGUCUUUGAGGAGGCUGGCGAAGUAGUCAACCCAGAAGCCGGCGCUGAAGGGGGCGGGAAGAGAGUCGUUCCAAUCAUUAAAAAAUUUGACGGAGUCGGAAUCUUGUAAAUUUGUUUAAUUUUCUACAUGUACAGUACAUAUGGUACCCGAACACUACCAUAGCUAGCAGUAGCUCUCAAAGCCCCCCAAUUUACCGGUAUGGCGCAUAGCGAUAA